AUGAGACAAAAUGCACCUCUAGAUGACAAGGAUGAUAGGAAGUUAGGAGUUGGUGUGUUUAGCAAAGAGAAAAGAAGAUGGAGACUUGACCAUCUCUACUGCACUCAGGACAGACGGUUGGGUGAACUUUCUUGGUUUGUUACAUUUGGACACCAGCGCAAAGCACUGGGUCGAGUACCCGAAACUCUCAGUGCCUCUUCCGUGUCCUGUAUCCUACCCCGGGAGCUGCGAGAACCUCGUUUAACCAAUCUGAGUGCUUUUGACAGACGGUUGGGUGAACUUUCUUGGUUUGUUACAUUUGGACACCAGCGCAAAGCACUGGGUCGAGUACCCGAAACUCUCAGUGCCUCUUCCGUGUCCUGUAUCCUACCCCGGGAGCUGCGAGAACCUCGUUUAACCAAUCUGAGUGCUUUUGUAUCAAAUGCAAACGCAGAACGAACACCCAAGUGUGAAGGUGUUGGACGCAGCCAAGCGAGGACUUCCCCGCUGAGCCUCAGGACGAGCCCACCUCGCAGCCGGGCCUCAUGCCGGGCGGUCCCUCUGUCUCAGGAGAGACCCCGUGGUGCCCUGUCCCGCUUGCCGGCUCCCGGACCGUGCAGCCGUGCUGGCCAACGAGCUGGGGCUCUGUGCAUCGAGGCGAAACGGCUGCAGGAGGUGAACAGUGUUCUUGGAGCUUUUUGUGCAUCCCUGUUCAGAGAGCAAGCGCUUCAGUGGUAUUACAGUGGCUGGUGGAACCUCAUGGCUGCUGAUACCCUUGCUGUGAGGCAGAAGAGAAGGAUCUAUGAUAUCACCAAUGUUUUGGAGGGAAUUGAUCUAAUUGAGAAGAAGUCAAAAAACAGCAUUCAGUGGAAAGGAGUAGGUGCUGGCUGCAAUACAAAAGAAGUCAUAGACAGGCUGAGGUAUCUGGAAGCUGAAAUUGAAGAUCUAGAGCUAAAAGAAAAAGAACUGGAUCAGCAGAAGCUGUGGCUUCAGCAAAGCAUCAAGAAUGUAAUGGAUGAUUCUACAAACCACCAAUUCUCAUAUGUAACCCAUGAAGAUAUUUGUAACUGCUUCAAUGGAGACACACUUCUAGCAAUUCAAGCACCUUGUGGUACACAGUUAGAAGUACCUAUACCCGAAAUGGGACAGAAUGGACAGAAGAAAUACCAGAUCAAUCUUAAAAGUAGUUCAGGACCUAUCCAUGUGCUGCUUAUAAAUAAAGAAUCAAGCUCCUCCAAGCCUGUGGUGUUUCCAGUUCCUCCACCUGAUGACCUUGCACAGCCCCCAUCUCAACCUGCAGCUCCAGCAACUCCCCUUAAACCUGCAACAGCUCCUCAAAAUCCACCAGAACAAGGUCUUAACCAAGGAGAAGAGAUACCACCAACAUCAGUUGUGGACACGCCAUCAGACGGCAGCACACAGGAGAGCAGUUCAACCCCAGCAGCUCCUUACUCCAGCCUCCCAGAGCCCGUGUUGUACCCCAGCCUUUCAGGAGAUGACGCCCAAGCCACAGCGAGCUCCAGUGACUACCAGGGCUUGCUGCCCCUGGAUGUUAACUGUAUUCUCAAGCCAAACACAUUCGACAUAGCAAAGAUGGAGGAGCCCACAGAAAAUUUCAGUGGGGAUAUUAUUGAUGAACUCAUGUCUUCCGAUGUUUUUCCUCUCUUACGACUCUCUCCUACUCCCGGAGAUGACUACAACUUUAACCUGGAUGAUAAUGAAGGAGUCUGUGAUCUCUUUGAUGUGCAGAUACUAAAUUAUUAGAUAUUGUGUCAACCAGACUACUUAUCUACCUCUAACUAUAACAUUCUAGACUUCUUCAUAACAUAAGUAUUUGAAUAAUGAAUGUAUAACUUCUUAGUUCACUGACUCUGGGAGUUUAUUUCCUUUUGCUUCCUUUAACUACUUCACAAAACAAAUUCAACCAGAAAAAAGGGCUUUCAUCAAAAAUUCUGGCACAUUUUUUCACCUGAGUGUCCUCUGUAUAAUCCAAUUAUUUGGAUUUCUUCUUAGUAAGAAAAGCAAAAAUGCUUCACAGCCUUUUGAUCAUUUAAAAAAAAAAAAAAAAAAGACUUCUUUCUCACUGUUAACAGCAUUUUCUUUGAAGCUUUACUGCCAAGAAGCCUUUUUUUUUUUUUUAUACCUUUCAAUCAAUUUUGGAGCUUUCACUGCCAAGCUGAAAAGUAACGGAUACCAACUUGAGUUAUGCUAAAUUGUUUCAGUGAACCAAUUUUGUGAAGUGCCUUCUGUUUUAGCACUUUAAGUUUCUCACACUGACUUCUGACAUUCCACUUUCCUAGAUGACAGGAAAGGUCUGUUUGUAGUUUGUAUUAAAGUGUGCCAAUACUUGUAUAUUAACAAGAUUUUUUUAAUAAAAUUGUACAAACAAA